AUGGAUGUAGUUCCUGAGUUGCCUUGUAUCACUUGGGAGAUGUUUGUGGUAUUCUUGGAAAUGUCUUUGGAGGAGCCAACGGCAGUUGAUCACUUGCUGAAGCCGAAGUUAACGGUGGUAGAUUACACUAUCAUCGCCCUCAUGUUGGUCACUUCCCUGGGUAUCGGUGUGUAUGGAGCUCUCAAGAGUCGUGGCAACAGCUCAUCACUGGACUACUUACUGGGGGGCAGAACAAUGUCUCCAGUACCAAUAACAUUCUCUCUUAUUGGAGGGAUCACAUCAGCAAUAUCUAUACUAGGUAACUCCUCUGAGGUGUACUUCUUCGGGACACAGAUCUCGGUCAGUGUGUUAGGAAUGCUCUUGGGCUGCAUUCUUGUUUACAAAGUGACGCUGCCAGUCUUCUUCAACCUCCGACUAGUUUCUCUUAAUGAAUACGUGGAGAUCAGGUUCAAGUCGUCUGCGCUGCGGAAACUGACAUCAAUCAACUUCAUGUUGUACAUGGUGUUUUAUAUUGCACUCGUUCUGUACGCUCCCUCACUCGUUCUCAGCUCUUUCACGAACCUUGCUUCUGCCAUCUCGGUGGUUCUGAUGGGUCUUAUCUGCACCUUCUAUGUCACCAUUGUGAGUAAACUAAGAUAG